GUGCGUGCGCGGGGAAUGUCGGGAGUAGUGGUGUACCGUUGGCAGUAGCAGGUGAAGCUGAGCGGACUACGCGGCGAGCGGCGCCUGUGAAGCGGUUCCCGUGGUCGCCAAAUUCCUGCUCUGCCCUGAUAAGGGCAGACUUUUGUGUGAGAGGUAUGCAGUAUAAUGAAUAAUUACUAAGUGAACCCUCUGGUGAUCGCUACCAAAGUCAAGAACUAAAACACUCUUGGCACUGGAGACCUACUCCUCCCCCCAUCCAUUCCUGAAUAUUCUCCUGCUCACCACUUCCAGAGGUUAACACUAACUGAAUUUUUAGGAUUUCAGUUUGUUAAAAUGAGCAGUCGUAAAUCAAAGAGUAACAACUUAAUACAUGCAGAGUACCUGUCACAGGUACAAAGAAUUUUACGGGAAAAAUUUUGUCAUCAGAGCCCACAUAGUAACUUAUUUGGAGUACAAGUACAAUACAAACACUUAAUUGAGCUGCUGAAAAGAACUGCUAUCCAUGGAGAAAGUAACUCUGUUCUCAUUAUUGGACCCCGAGGAUCAGGAAAGACCAUGUUAAUAAACCAUGCUUUGAAAGAACUAAUGGAAGUAGAAGAAGUGAGUGAAAAUGUAUUACAAGUUCACCUAAAUGGACUACUGCAGAUCAAUGAUAAAAUUGCCCUAAAGGAAAUCACAAGGCAGUUAAAUCUGGAAAAUGUAGUUGGAGAUAAAGUUUUUGGGAGUUUUGCUGAAAACCUUUCAUUUCUUCUGGAAGCUUUAAAAAAAGGUGACCGGUCUACUAGUUGCCCAGUGAUCUUCAUAUUAGAUGAAUUUGAUCUUUUUGCUCAUCAUAAAAACCAAACACUCCUCUAUAAUCUGUUUGACAUUUCUCAGUCUGCACAGACUCCACUAGCAGUUAUUGGUCUUACAUGUAGAUUGGAUAUUUUGGAACUCUUAGAAAAAAGAGUGAAGUCACGAUUUUCUCACCGGCAGAUACAUUUAAUGAAUUCAUUUGGUUUUCCACAGUAUCUUAAAAUAUUUAAAGAACAAUUAUCUCUACCUGCAGAAUUUCCAGACAAGAUCUUCACUGAGAAGUGGAAUGAGAAUGUUCAGUGUCUCACAGAAGAUAGAAGUGUGCGAGAAGUACUACAAAAGCAUUUCAAUGUCAGCAAAAACCUACGGUCAUUACACAUGCUAUUGAUAAAUUUUGGGAGAAUUAACAUGAUUACUACAUCAAAUCUUCCAAUCUGGAAUAAGAUGCUUGCUUUAAAUCGUGUAACAACAUCACACCCAUUUAUGACUGCAGCAGAUGUGAUGGAGGCAAACCAGUUGUGUAGCAUGGACUCUAAAGCAAAUAUUGUACAUGGUCUGUCAGUCUUGGAAAUCUGUCUUAUAAUAGCAAUGAAACAUUUAAAUGACAUCUAUGAAGAGGAGCCCUUUAACUUUCAAAUGGUCUAUAAUGAGUUUCAGAAGUUUGUUCAAAGGAAGGCCCAUUCUGUUUAUAAUUUUGAGAAACCUGUUGUCAUGAAGGCUUUUGAACACUUACAACAGUUAGAAUUAAUAAGGCCCAUGGAAAGGACUUCGGUAAAUACACAGAGAGAGUACCAGCUGAUGAAACUACUUUUGGAUAAUACUCAAAUUAUGAAUGCUUUGCAGAAAUACCCCAACUGUCCUACAGAUGUUAGGCAGUGGGCAACAUCCUCACUCAGCUGGUUAUGAAUAUAACCAGUGGCUUCAGUUAUGGAGUUUCAGGCAUUCUUCUGUAAGGAACUCAAAGCUAUUGUCCUUUAGCAAGAUAUGUUAUUACAUUUUCUUAUAUUUAUAAAUCUGUAUUUUUGUAUUUAUGGGAGACUGUUAUACAUGUAGUGUCUUGACUGUGUCUUGCCUUUGAAUCAUGAGCAGUUACAUGAUUUAUAAUUCCAGUGAUUUAGAUUAUGUUGUAAGUAGCAGUGCAAAGAAAUAAAUGUGACUGUUUUA